AGGUGGCCCCAACUGGUAUUUCAGGGACCCUCUUUUCUUCCUCCUCAGGACAUUGGUGCAGGCAAAGGAAAAUAUUACGCCGUCAACUACCCUCUCCGGGACGGGAUCGAUGACGAGUCUUAUGAAGCCAUUUUCAAGCCGGUGAUGUCUAAAGUGAUGGAGACAUUCCAGCCAAGUGCCGUUGCUCUGCAGUGUGGCUCAGAUUCCUUAUCAGGGGACAGGUUGGGUUGUUUUAAUCUGACCAUUAAAGGUCAUGCCAAGUGUGUGGAGUUCAUCAAAAGCUUUAAUUUACCUAUGCUGAUGCUGGGAGGGGGUGGCUACACGAUCCGUAAUGUGGCCCGGUGUUGGACCUAUGAGACGGCUGUGGCAUUGAACACAGAGAUCCCGAAUGAGCUUCCUUACAAUGAUUAUUUUGAAUACUUCGGCCCAGACUUUAAGCUCCACAUCAGCCCUUCCAACAUGACCAACCAAAACACCAAUGAAUACCUGGAGAAGAUAAAGCAGCGCCUCUUUGAGAACCUACGGAUGCUCCCGCAUGCCCCUGGAGUGCAGAUGCAGCCGAUUCCGGAGGACGCUGUGCCCGAGGAGAGUGGCGACGAAGAUGAGGAAGACCCCGACAAACGGAUUUCCAUCCGCUCUUCGGACAAGAGAAUCGCCUGCGAGGAGGAAUUCUCGGACUCUGAGGAUGAAGGGGAAGGGGGUCGCAAAAACGUCGCCAAUUUCAAGAAGGCUAAACGGACAAAAACAGAAGAAGAGGAGAAGGAAGAGGAGAAGAAAGAAGUAAACGAGGAAGAGAAGAGAAAAGAUGAACCAGCAGAGGCCAAAAGCAUAAAGGAGGAGACGAAAUCCACCUAAGAAACUUUGGACAGCUGGGGAACGCCACGCCUCCCUGGUUCUCUGAUCUGGCUGUCUGACUCCCUCCUAUUCCACGAGAUUUGUAUUUUAUAUGUUUCUGUUGAUUAUUUCUAUAAAUUUGCCAGGGACUUGAGAUCGGGCUGCCGUUCCCUGGGUGAGCUCCUGGGAGGGUCCCGAGGAGGCUCAGCCCCGGGGAGAGCCGUUUACAAGGCUCCCGCUUCUCACGUCCCUCUUGCUUCCGUACUGGGGGGGUUUGUGCGUUUCCUUCCGAAAAGCAAACCCCAGACUUCCCUUUGCCUUGUCCCUCCACAUGUUUCCAAAGGGUGACUCUCCUCUUGGGGAAGAUAAUUUUCCAGGGGAAGCUGGUCAUCCACUUUCCCUUCCCUUUCCUAGUUUUCUGAGGUAUGGAUACAGCCAUAAAGCUUUGGAAGAGUUAUUUUUUGGGGGGUGGGGGGUUGGAGCUCAAGAAUCCCAAACCGUCAUACCUGUCUAUAGGCCUGGGAAGGGUCGACCCCUUUUCAGCAACCCUGCAGUUAUGUGGCUUCUCAGCAUCCCAGACCCCACUUGGCUAGUCCCUCUGGGGACACUUGCUCUGGCCCUGGCCCUGGCCCUGCCUGCCCCCGGGCGAAGGAACAGGAGUUGCGGGAGGCCUCACUUGUGGCAGGAAAAAAUGGCGGUCCUCCUGUUGGAAACAGGAGCGGAUGUGGAUGCCUCUCGAUGACGUCUCGAGUUUCGCAUUCCCCGAUCCCCUUUUAAAAUCGUCUUGGGGCUUUUGCUUCAGAACUGGCAUCCAAGCCUCGAGGGGCAUGUAGGAAAACCACCCUGUUGAGCGAUGGCUCUUCAGAAGGGCAUCUUCCUAAAACAAAGAAACCAACCCAAACUUGCUCCCUGUUCCUGAAUUGCGUAAUACUUUCAGGAGGGGUCAGGAGGCAGCGUUGGCACGGCAGGCUUGCAGGUGGGGUGGGAGUUUUCCAGGGGACCCUGGAUGGAGGAGGUGGAGCGUAUACAGAAUGUCACUGUUAGGGGUUGACCCCAGCAAUGCUGCUAAUUUUGCCAUGUCACAGGGGUGGAGGGGGGGAGGGUUUUUAUUUUUAUUUUUUUAAGCCUUUGGUUUAGCUGUUUUUUUAGUCGCUUGGACGCAAACGCCCUGCCGUUGUUCCUACUCUUUGAUACUUGUAUUGGUGAAACGAAAGAUCAUUGUAUUUGUGUGUUCUGGGGGUGGGAUGGGAAGAUAUAUAUAUAUUGUGUUUUUUAAAAGAAAAUAUAAGUUUUUAUUUUCGUUUUUGGAGGAAGAAAAAUCUUUGUA